AUGGUCCAGAAACCGGGAGACCCAGCCGACCCAGCUGCCCUAGAUGACCCAACCACCCCUGCCACCUCUGCUGCCCCCACCGCCCCAAAGGACCCUGCUGCCCCAGCCGCCCCAGCCGCCCCACCUGUGGAGGCUAAAGAGCCGGAAGAGCCUACACAGACAACUGAAGAGCUGGCAUUUUAUGCCCCGAAUUACAUAUAUCUGACCAUUCUGGGCAUAAUUCUUUUCCUUCCCCUGGGAUUACUAGCUCUAUACUUCAGUCACCAGACCUUGAAGGCUAACAAGAGCAGCGAUUGGGAAGAAGCUUACAUCAACUCAGGCCGAACUGGUUGGGUGGCUGUAUUCGCCAUACUCAUCGGUUUAGGCAUCAUUUAUUACUAUGCUCUAUUUGCAUAA